CACGCAUGAGCUUGGCUGGCGAUGGAGACGGGACCCAGAGCCUUCUGGUUCUUUAAUGUUCCUUGCUAUUCCUGUUAAGAAGUUGGGAAUGCAGGUGACCCUCAGGGGAAGCGUGCAUAUUACGCUUCUGCAUAUUACCGCCAGGAGUGGGACACCCUCACCCUGACGACGGGCACUUUGCAGCCACUGGGAGGAUUCUGGCAAAACAGUGUCACUCCCCACCUCCUCCUCAGCGGGCCACAGAUAGCGAUUGUUUACCAGGGCUGGUUGCUUGGGUAAACACUGCCCCUGAACUUCAUUCAAAGCCAGUGACACAUUUCUUUCCCCGCGCUCUCUGCCCCGCCCUCCGUGCCCCGCCCACCCGCCAGGGCUAUAAACCGGGCGUGUUACUCAGUGCAGGUUUUUGGCGGGGACUUGAUCCUGCCUUGUUCGUCUCUCUCGAAUGCAGUCUGACUAAGGCAGCAGCACCUGUAUGGCCUGUAUCAGAACACAGCUCCGUGAACUGAGCAUGCAGAAUUCAGAGGGUGGAUCCGAUUCGCCAGCUUCUGUGACUCUGUGUCCGUCAGCGGCAGCCCAGGCCCCCGCGGCCCCGCCGGUACCAGCCUCCCCGCAGAGGGUGUUGGUCCAGGCAGCGGGCUCGGCUCCCAAAGGGGCCCAGAUGCAGCCAAUCUCCCUCCCCAGGGUCCAGCAGGUGCCACAGCAGGUGCAGCACGUGUACCCCCCGCAGGUGCAGUACGUGGAAGGCGGAGACGCCGUCUACACGAAUGGAGCCUUACGGACUGCCUAUGCCUACAACCCCGAGCCUCAGAUGUACGCCCCCAGCAGCGCAGCUUCUUACUUCGAGGCCCCGGGCGGCGCCCAGGUGACCGUGGCAGGCUCCUCCCCGCCAACGGUCCCCUCGCACAGCAUGGUGGGCAUCACCAUGGAUGUCGGGGGGAGCCCUAUUGUCUCCAGCGCGGGAGCCUAUCUCAUCCACGGGGGGAUGGACAGCACCAGACACUCCCUGGCCCACACCUCCCGCUCAUCGCCAGCUACGCUUGAAAUGGCGAUUGAAAACCUCCAAAAAAGCGAAGGGAUCACUUCACACAAAAGCGGUUUACUCAACAGCCAUCUCCAGUGGCUGUUGGAUAACUACGAAACCGCAGAAGGCGUGAGUCUCCCCAGAAGCUCUCUCUACAACCAUUACCUUCGGCACUGCCAGGAGCACAAGCUGGACCCUGUGAAUGCCGCCUCCUUUGGGAAGCUGAUCCGCUCCGUGUUCAUGGGCCUGCGGACGCGGCGGCUGGGCACCAGGGGCAACUCCAAGUAUCAUUACUAUGGGAUCCGCCUGAAACCAGAUUCACCCUUGAACCGGCUGCAGGAGGACACCCAGUAUAUGGCCAUGCGGCAACAGCCCAUGCAUCAGAAGCCAAGGUACCGGCCAGCCCAGAAGACAGACAGCCUCGGGGACAGUGGUUCGCAUGGCAGCCUGCACAGCACACCAGAGCAGGCCAUGGCCGCGCAGAGCCAGCACCACCAGCAGUACAUAGCACAUGGGCCUCCUACACGUGGCCCUUCUGCAGCUCCGCUAAGGCCCGUUUUCCUCCCAGAUGUCUCUCACGUCUUCCCGGAGUUCCCGGCGCCCGACCUGGGCAGCGUCCUGCUGCAGGAGAGCAUCACGCUGCACGAUGUCAAGGCCCUGCAGCUGGUCUACCGGCGGCACUGCGAGGCAACUUUAGACGUCGUGGUGAACCUCCAGUUUCACUACAUUGAGAAGCUGUGGCUUUCCUUCUGGAACUCAAAAGCCUCCUCGGGCGAUGGCCCUGCCUCUCUACCUGCCAGCGACGGGGAACCUGAAGGCGCCGUCCUCCCGAAGGACAAGCUGGUGUCUCUGUGUAAAUGCGAGCCCAUUCUCAAGUGGAUGCGGAACUGCGACCACAUCCUGUACCAGGCCCUGGUGGAGAUCCUCAUCCCCGACGUGCUGCGGCCGGUGCCCAGUACCUUGACACAGGCCAUCCGUAAUUUUGCCAAGAGCUUGGAAGGCUGGUUGACGAACGCCAUGAGAGACUUCCCACAGCAGGUCAUCCAGACCAAGGUCGGCGUGGUCAGCGCCUUUGCCCAGACCCUGCGCAGAUACACGUCACUCAACCACCUCGCUCAGGCGGCGCGCGCCGUGCUGCAGAACACCUCCCAGAUCAACCAGAUGCUCAGUGACCUCAACCGCGUGGACUUCGCCAACGUGCAGGAGCAGGCCUCGUGGGUGUGCCAGUGUGAGGAGAGCAUGGUGCAGCGGCUGGAGCAGGACUUCAAGCUGACCCUGCAGCAGCAGAGCUCCCUGGACCAGUGGGCCAGCUGGCUGGACAACGUGGUCACCCAGGUCCUGAAGCAACAUGCCGGCAGCCCCAGCUUCCCCAAGGCCGCCCGCCAGUUCCUUCUGAAAUGGUCCUUUUACAGUUCAACGAUCUCGCUUCCCUAUCGCUGACACUGCUCGAUAAAGGUGGGUGUGUCCGUGGCUUUUCCGUGAGGCUCUCCCAGGGGCUAUUCCUCCCACCCUGGGCCUAGUAGACAUCGAGGCAGCUCCCAGGGUGGGUUUGAGGGCCUUCAGGAGCUGGCAUCCAGACAGGCUGGUGAGGCCUGGGCAGCAGCAGGUGUCCCAGUGAUGCUUAUGUGGGCCUGGCCCCUGCUGGGGCUCAGAGGAGCAGCCCUGCACCUCCUUCUUGGGUGGGUGCUUUGGGAUGCCAUCUAAUCCUGCUCCCCAGGCACCUCCACAUCAGGCCCAGGAGCAGGGCCACAGUCCCGGGCUGCCUGCAUCCACUUGCCCCUACCCCAACCCAUUCCCUGCCCCACGGGGUAGGGGGCACCAACUGCUGAGGGGGACCCUGCCAGGAAUGUGACCCAGCAAAUGGACACUGGUCAAGGGAGCUCUCCAGGAAGAAGGCCUCCCUGGGCACUGCAGGGCAGUGUCCACACCUGUGCACCUCUCUGAGAAUGUGCUUCUCUCUCCCUCUCCUUCCUGCGCCCACACUCCUCAUCCGCAACGCUAACCCUGCAGAUGACCUCCGCGAGGAUCGUGGCCGUGAGGCCAACUCUGACGCCCGCAGCCUGGGCGAGCCCCUGGUGAAGCGGGAGCGCAGUGACCCGAACCACUCCCUGCAGGGCAUCUAGCUCUGCGGUGCCUUCCCCAGGCUCCAGACCGGGCCCCUUGAGCUCUACUGUAAUAGUGCCUCUUAGUUGACGUGACCUUUGCUCUGACUCACGGGGGCGCCCUCCAGAAGAAAAACCCUCGUGAACCACAACAGAAGGUCACAUCGGGUUCCCGAGUGCCUGAGCUGCUCACCCGGUGCCUCCUGGGUCAUCUUUUCCUUCUGAGUGUUCUUCUCUCCUCUGCCGGACCAUGAACUUUGGUCCAAGUCUACCCAUCCCGCCUGAGAGCUGAAAGGGGCCACGCUGGACGAGCGGGCACCUCCACAUUGGGCUUCUCCUCGGAUCAGCUGCUUCCAGCUUCCACCAUUAUUUUUUAAAACUCAGAUCCCAGGAGGGAAGGGGUGUCCUGCAGCUGUUGGGCAGUCCCGAGCUGACCGGUGUCCACAGAGCCCCCUGCCUUGGUGCCCUGUGGUGGGAAGGGACCUUCUCCGUGCUGUGCCCAGGGCCUCCUGCCCUGCCGGCUGUGCUGAGGCGUGGAGGCCGGCCCACAGGCCCACAGGAGCCCCAUCUGCAGACACCUAACGUCCCCAGAAGCAGCUGUCUAUCGCCAUGGCCCCAUGUGGCCCAGAGAACAAGUCACGGAAAUGGGCCGCCCAUGCCAAGACAUAGUGGUGUCUUUAAGAACCAAGACCAGAAGUUUUAUCAGCAACUGGAAGGAUUUGGGUUCUGUCCAAGGUCACAGCCAAUGUCAAGCCAAACUGCCAGGUCUGGAAUGAGUUUGUUCCAAGGAGGCUGGGUGGUGGGUGUUUCAGUGGUGUCUUCAGAGAGCAGCCAUCGGGCCAAGCCUGCCUGGCUCCUGCCGCGUAGAAUCUUCUGGAAUGCCUGCCUUUGAAUUAGCAAUCCUGGAGCACUUUGACCUGGGGCAAGUCCCAUCUUGAACUGCUCAAAGUCAACACUCUUCUCUGGGCUAAAUGAAUCCUGAGGACUUGCACAGCCCUUGAACUUUGAACACUCCGGAUCCAGAUCCGCUGUAACUCAUUGCACUUGGUUAGCUCCAUGCAAGAGUCCUGCCCCCAAACCAACUGCAAAGAAGAAA